GCGUCAAAUAACAGGAUUCAGUACGGACUGGUUUCUGCUGGUGGAUUUGAAGAUGCGUUCAGUAUCAAUCCAGACAAUGGUAUUAUCACGCUAGAGAGGAGCAUUGAGCCAAGUGGAAACAGCGAGCAGAUCUUACUAACUGUGGAAGCAAGGGAUCAAGAUGAGCCGUCUCUCGCAAGUGAAGCUAUCGUUGUGAUAAACGUAGAAGACGAAAGAAUCCCGUCCACGUCUCAGACCACUCCCGAACCAUUCGAUGUACCAUCUGCGAAAAAUGCUCUACGCUUUUCCUCUCGCAGUUACACGUAA